AGUGUUGCGCAGUCAGUCAAGCAGAGUCCACUGGCGAAAGUAGUGGGGCUGCCCAGGAGAAAGAUGGCCGCUACCAGCGAGGAACCGAGUGUUAUGGAGCCUUCUCAGACUAAUUCCGGGCAAAGUCAGUCCGUUGAUCCAUUAAAGAUGCUUUAUCCGAUGGUAAACGAAGAGGAAACACCGCUGCCACGUUCGUGGAGCCCCAAGGACAAGUACAAUUACAUCGGCCUCUCCCAAAACAAUCUUCGUGUUCACUACAAAGGUUAUGGAAAAACUCACAAGGAUGCCGCAAGUGUACGUACAACGCACUGCAUACCAGCAGCUUGUGGUCUCUAUUAUUUUGAGGUGAAGAUCGUUAGUAAAGGCAGAGAUGGUUACAUGGGAAUCGGCUUGUCUGCCCAUGGGGUGAACGUGAAUAGGUUGCCAGGUUGGGACAAGCACUCCUACGGGUAUCAUGGUGACGAUGGGCACAGUUUUUGUUCCUCUGGAACAGGACAACCUUAUGGGCCCACCUUCACCACAGGAGAUGUAAUCGGAUGUGGUGUAAAUCUUGUUGACAACACUGCCUUCUAUACGAAGAAUGGACACCAUCUUGGUAUCGCCUUCACUGAUCUUCCGCCAAAUUUAUAUCCAACGGUGGGCCUUCAAACUCCAGGAGAGGUAGUCGAUGCAAACUUCGGACAAGAACCAUUUGUAUUUGACAUCGAUGACAUGCUUAACGAACUCCGCGUCAAAACAAGAUUGCAAAUUAUAAACUAUCCCACACCAGAUCACGGACAGGGCCAAUGGCAAGCAGUCCUCCACAAAAUGGUGUCAACAUAUUUGGUCCAUCAUGGUUACUGUGCCACUGCCGAAGCCUUUGCCAAUAGUACUGGUCAGGGUUUCGAAGAAGAUCUUAAUUCCAUUAAAAAUAGACAAAAAAUUCUAAAGCUGGUAUUAGCGGGCAGAAUGGGAGAAGCAAUAGAAUUAACCAGUCGGCUGUAUCCGGGUCUCCUCGAACGGGAUCCGAAUCUUCUUUUCGCCCUCAAAUGUCGGCAGUUCGUUGAAAUGGUGAACGGCAGUGACUCGGAAAUCACACAGAAUUCCAAUAUCAAUCAAACUAGUGUUAUACAGUCUACGAAGGCUUACACAAAACCCUCAACAAAUGGCAAUGUGGAGGAGAUGAAUAUGAACAAUGCCAUGAACGGUUCGACCGAACAACAGCUUGUUAAUGGACAAAUUGAAAACGAUGUAGAUAUGGAAGAGAAUGUUAUAAACGGCAUGAAAAGUAAUACCGAAAACGGCUAUCAAAAUGGUGAUUUGAAUACCAACGGGUAUAAGUGUCAGAACGGGGAAGACGUCGAUAUGGAGACCAAUAGUGUUAAUCAAAUUCAGCAACAACAGAACGGUAAUUGCAAUAUGGAAAAUACAUCGAAUAAGAAUAACAAGAAACAGCUUUGUGGCGGGGAUAAACAGGCAAUCGAAAAGAUGUUAGAAUUCGGAAGGCAGUUAUAUUCCCAAUCGAUACAUUUGCGACAACAGCACGGAAAAAACGAAAGCAAUAAAAAGAUGCUUCAAGAUGCGUUCAGUCUUCUAGCCUAUGCAAAUCCAUGGAACUCGCCGGUUGGUUGGCAACUCGAUCCCCAGCAGAGGGAAACCGUCUGUGCGAGACUCAAUUCUGCCAUACUUGAGUCGAGUAACUUGCCACGACGGCCACCGUUGGAAGUGGCCGCGUCUCACGCGAGAGAAUUGGUACGGCUAAUGUCACACGCUGGUCUGGGGGCAUGCGGCUUCGCGGUCGUAGACAAUAUCAUUCAAUAUUGACGGUGCCUACCCCUGCUGCCACGUCUGCUUCUUCUGCCGGCUCGAGUUUGGAUAUGGAGACGGAACGUGGAGCAGAUAAUAUUUUUGCAGCAACAACUUCGCGACAUCGCGUGCCUCUUCAGCUAGAGUCCGGCAGUUGGCUCUCUGGCUCGAUCUCACACAGCUACACCUGACACACAAUCGUCUAACAUAAUAUACACGCUCGAGACCCACCAAAAGUAAACAAUGUUACAUGGCAACGUGGAUGAGAACGAAGAUGAUUGCUAAAUGAUCGUUAUUCGAAGAACGAUGAACACUGAUUGAAGUUUUCCAGAGUCCAAACAAGAAAACUGCUUUAACGAAAUGAAGCACGAAAAAGAAGAAGAAAAAGGAGAAGAAGAAGGGAAACGAUCUUAACGACCACGAACGGACGUGUAGAGAGGAAAUAGUUAGAAUUAACAGUCAAACUUAAGGCAAACGAAGUUCCGAGGACGUAGAUGGCGCUGGUGAUGUAAGAAACAUGAGGGAACAUAAAUACGGUAUUGAGGCUGGAAAUGAGUUCGUUUUCACUAUAAUAAAGUGAUUUUCGACAUGGAAGAGAUUGAUGAUCGAAGACGGUGAACAAGCUUGAGGCGGAGGAUGACGUGUAAACACCUGCCAAGACGACCCUUUUCUCGUUUCCUCUUUCUAGCCCUGUAACUUACCAUCAUCUUGAGAUUGUUCCCUCGUUCCCAUAAUAGAUCGAGUCGUUUUCCGCAAUGGGACGUGCUUUCGUAUUUUCGUGUAAUUUAUCAUCAACAGACGAUGAAUAACUCUCUUCAGGUGGGUUUCUAACAUCAUUCAUCUGGCCUUCCUUUCAAUUAAUAUUUUCCUCUAAGUUUCUUCUUUAACCUCACAUUCGUUGCUCCUAUUUUACGUGAUAAAAUUUCAAUUCAUAUUUCACGAAAUUCGCAGCUCAUUCUCUGCUGUUUCGAUCUUGUCAAUUAUAGAUGUUUGGCUAAAAGUAGCGACUGAAAUUUUUGUUCCAUUCAAUGUUCAGAAUUAUUGUAGCACUUUUAAACGAAUUUUAUUUUAUUCAAUUUUUUAGUGCACUGCCUGCUUGUAUAUUCUGUUAACUUUUUUUACGUUUGCUUCUUUUUGCGAUUAAAAUCUCUGACACAUGAUUCGUCGCAUGAUAGCUGACAACCAGUCAGCAUCGCCCUUUUAUUGAGAAAAUGAACGAGAAAAGAGUCUCGUCGAUACAACUACGAUUAAUUAAUCCCUCGUCGAUUAUUUUGAUAGCCUUUCUAAUCGUAUGGUCAACGAGUCGAUUUUUGUAUCAAUUGUUAGCUCUUAGUGAAACAAAAAAGAAGGAAAACAUAAAACUCAAAAGGAUAAUAUAUAAAUAAAUAGGAAUAUUCUCCUCUUAUAAUUAUCGUAAAUUAAGGUUAGAAGUAACGUGAGAAUCGCGUUCUCUGUUCGACGAUCGUUCUAUUUCCACCUGAUUUUCACAGCAAACGACGGAAUUAAAGGAAGGAUAAAGCAAUAAUCCUUGACUUUUAACUAUUUUCUUUCCUCUAUUUUUUGGUAUUAGUUUCUCCCUUUUUUUUUUUUUUCUUUCUUUUUGUAGGUCGUCUUGUAAAUUUUUAUUAUUGUCUAAUGUUAGAAAAUCGAUUUAAUGACCGUUAAGUAUCUUCGUUUCAAUUUUAUUCGCCCUACGUUGUAAUUAAGGAAUACAUUGUGUGAUUACGAGAGAAAAUUUGUAAAAAAGGAAACCAAAGAAAGAAAUAGACAAAAAAAAUGACAAAGAGUGUGUCGAACUUGAGCGACGAAAUUAACUAAAAAAACAAAUGGGAAAUUAUACGAACCUGAAUGAUUGUAAGUGGUCGAAGAUUAUUGGAGUUAUAUAGUGAAAAUUAAUAAAAGUUAUAUAAUUAAACAGAACGUUGUAAAAUAUGCGGUGUUUUAUAUUUCUAUCUUUUUCUCUCUAAUGAUUCAUUUAUUUAAAAUAUUUCUUUCUGUAAAUUUUAAUUAACUACUUAUAAAUGUUUGUAAAAAAAUUCGAAAGUUUCGAUUAGACACAACCUGUGGUUUUAAAUUAAGCGGGUGGAAAAUUGAAAAUUUUUAUACUUAGCAUUAACGUUGAAGUUUAGUAAAUUAAAAUAGCGAUCCUCUCGAUUGUAUAAGUUUUAUUAAAUCAAUUAGUAAAUUGAUUAGUAUAAUUAUAGAAAUGAGAUUUUAUAUUAAAAAUUGUAUAGAAUUUGUUAGUUUGAAUUUUUCUAACCAAAACUAAUCGUCUCAUCGAAAUCAGAAUUUCUUUAUAGUUGCGGAAGAAGGUAAAGAAAUAAUUAAAAAGAUAACAAUUAUGCGAAUGUAAAGAAGAUUUUCGGCCAUGGAACGAGGGAACGAUUGUAACAGUUUAUAACAAAAAAGUAAUAGGAGGCGAAGUAAGAAGGUUGCGACGAAAACUGAAUACACAACUGUAUAAGUAACAACAAUAAUAAUGACGAUGACGAAGUUGCAAAAGAAUUACUCAAUUAAUUAAAAAACAAAAAGAAGGAGCAUACAUACAUACAUAUAUAUAUAUAUACACACAUACAUACAUACACGCGCGCGCACACACACACACACACACACACACAUAUGUAUUUAUAUGUAUGUAUGAAACAAUCUUGUAUUCUACGAUAAGUAAUUGUUUUUUAUAUGCGACAUAGUAUAUUAUAUUAUAUAAUACGCGAUACGUAUAUAUACAUGUGUAUGUAUUCGUACAUGCAAAAGGUAUAUAAACAUGUAUAUGUGUGUAAAUGAAACAAAAAGAAGAAAAAAAAAAACGAAAGAAUUAAUAUCGUAUGAACUAAUAGUGUACGUGUGAGAUUUCAAGGAAAAAAUGUUUAUUAAUUCAUUUUGUAUGUGUGUGUAUAUGUAUAGGGCACACAUACAUAUCUCUGUAUGUAUCUCUGUAUUCGUGUCGUUCUAGAUACAUAUACGCAAGCAUAGCAACUGUUUGAAAUUUGAAUUCGUAAGGACGAGUGGAUUCGAGUGCGUGCGAAAGAGAGGCUGAGAUUAGUUAAAACAAAUAAGAGAGAAAGAGCGAAUGCUUCGAGCGAAUUCGUUGAUUCCGUAUGACCGAUGGAAGAGGAAAAAAAUACAAUUUGACGACUUUUAGUGUUAAACGUUUUCUGUACUAUAGGUAGAGAGCCAUGAGUAUCUUGCGAAUAAUACAGUAUGAUUUGGAGACAUUGUUCGUUGAAUUCUGUUUCUGUCAUUCACUGCAACAAAAACCCUGCAAACUUUUUCUCUACGUUCACUUUUCUUAAAGAGGAUUACAAGAGGUAUUUUUCAUAUUUUUCUAGUAAGUAAUGUAUAAGUUACGAAAUUUGUGGAUUAUAUUAAUUUAUAUAAGAAGUGAUUUUAUUAUUUUAUUUUUUUACAAUAGUAUGUUUUAUUAAUGAUUAGUUAAUGUUGGUAGGAUUUUCUUUAUUUCGUUAAGAAUAAAUUAUUGACGUUGGCGUCAUCUUGAUUCAGUUUGACGUUCUUCAGGUAUCUGUCACAUGUUCCUGUAACAUUAAUCCUAAGAGAGAGAGAGAGAGAGAGAGAGAGAGAGAGAGAGAGAGAGAGAGAGAGAGGGGGGGAGGGAGGGAGGGAGAGAGAGAGAGUGAGUAUAAUUUGUACUUCUGCUCUUCGGUAUUGAUAAAAUUUCUUUAUUCGUAGACUAAAGAGAUGUACGGAAUGGUAUUUUCAAUAUUUAAUUUUUGUCUAAAUAGGUUCAUUAGCAUCGUCAUUGGUUUCUCAAUCUUUUCCAUUAUUACAUAAUUAAAUAAUUUAUUUUAUAUAUUUAAAGUUAUUGAUGAUCUCUAUAUUAUCCAUAAUUGAUAUUAUCGGUUUUGUUAAGUUACCACAUGUUGAUCAUCUUCUUUUAACUUUACCAACAUAUAUAUAAAAAUUAAAGUAUGUAAAUUACAUUUAAAAAGUUGAAUUCAUUACAAUAAAUGUCGCCCAAUAGAUGUAUACAUUCAAUAAUACAUAAUACUGUUAUACUUAUAAGUUAUAUGGAAAAGAGCAUAACAUCUAAAGAAUUCAUAGAACCUGAAAUAUGAAUUGCUCCUUAAAUUUAUUUUAUCACGACCAAAUGUUUCAUAAAAUAUGCAAAUAACAAAAUCAACGCUUUUAACGUUUUUAACGCUUUUAAAUCUGGAAAUGCUAAUAAAUUAGCAAAAAGCUAAUAGGUCGUGUCAGAUGGUUAAAAGUCAUCAUAUUUUCGUCUCCUGGAUGCCAGGGAUCUUUUUGACGAGUGUCAAACGUUCAUCAUUAAUUCCUUUUCAACAUGGUCAUAUUUACUAUUGAAACUUUAUUCUUGGUUCUCGUCGUUGAGGUAUUAUAUAUAUAUCUCGCAAAUUUUUGUGCAAAUUUAUAGUUUUAUAAACGUAAGUAGAGAAAUAGAAUCUAUGUUGUCGUACAAAAUUGGCUUUAUCUAUUAAAAAUUACGAAUACGUUACUCUGGAUAUUUUAUGUAUAUCUUAAAUUUCGUAUAAUCGCAUAAAAAUUAAAACCUGAAAAUGUCCCUUGCAUAGUGGUAGGGAAUCGUGGUAGGGAAAAUUUCAAACGGUCGAGCGCGUUUUCGAUCCCGCGGGGCAUCAGUCGAUUCUCGCCUCGAAUCUCGAUGAAAAUCCCGCGCAUGCGUGUUGUGUGAUUUCUCCUCGCCAUCCCAUAGGCACGGGUGGUGGGGCCAGUCGGUGGAUCGAUCGACGUCCCGUCGAACCUCGCGGCCGUAAGCGCCGCUGCGCCUCUGGGCGGGGCGAGAGGGCGCUUCAGUCGUGUACUGGAGCCCACCAGGGUCGCGUCCAGCACCUCGAACGCUUCGGAGUUGCUCGUUCGCUCGGGUCUCUCUCGUUUCUCUCCAUCAACCUUUCGAAAAAGAAAAAAGACACUCCUCGUGUCUUUAGGGGCUGUGUUCUGAACUAAACUUCGAAAUAGACGCGUGAUCCUUCAACGCAUAUAUAAAAAGCGAGCGAGAAAGAGAGAAAGAGAGAGAAAGAGAGAGCCAAACGUGAGAGCUUAGUUAAUAUAGUGUUCUAUCUCCGAUUCGAGAUAUCCUUCCUUCGCUCGUAUAUACCCUGUAGUAGUAGUUGGAAACUCGAGGAUCGUAUUAUUCCUGUUAGUACUAUAGUUCCAGCGACGCGGAUCAACCAGUGAUCGUUCCAACGCGGCGCGGCUUGUAUCGUCCUCGAAGACACGAGAUCGUAUCCGUACCAGGAUAUUUCUGUUUCCUUCGAAUCGCUCAAUUAAUCCGUGGAUUCUAUAUAGUUGUUCGUACUCGAUCGUUCUCGUCGGUUUGAACAUUUUAUUACGUUCGACUGUUUCGGUUCUUCGAACGGAGCCGGUCGUAUCGAUUCGAGAGGUGAUACGGGCGUACAUAGAUAGAGAUACACGCAUAGUGAGACAAGUGAGAUAUACAUUGGAGAGGUGUGUAAAAAGGGUUUCGGAAGUAUCCACGGGGAAGAGGUGUCUAUGUACGCGACCGGAGAUACGGAGAGCUACCCUGGUACCUAGCGGACGACGCGGGGUGGCUUCACCAGUGAGUCUCAGCUUUACGCCCUUCUUUUCGCGAGCUGAUUCACCGUCACGCUUGCUUUCGACGCUUUACAAUAGCAUUUCGAGAGCUAGAUCUCGCGAGAGCGUAACCUCGUCCCAGGGUGGCGGGCUCCGUCAGCAGGAGGCGGCGAGCGUCGCGGAGCAUCAGCUAGUGUGGAAGAGGCGAGAUAGAUAGAUAGAUAGAUAGAUAGAUAGAUAGAUAGAUACAUAGAUAGAUAGAUAGAUAGAUAGAUAGAUAGAGAGAGAGAGAGAGAGAGAGAGAGAGAGAGAGAGAGAGA